UUUUGUCUUUUCUCUUUUAUUUAUCAGCUGGUUCUGUUCAUUCUAUUUAAAAGAGAAUUUAGUUUGUUAUCAUGUCAAUUGAACAGUUUAAUAAUAAUGAAUCCGACAAGUCAUUAAAAGAUAAAAAUGACUUCAAAGUUGAAAUCGAUAACGCCUACCUUCAACAACAAAAUGAACAUUUAAAUAAAGAGUUAUCUUUUGCUAGAUAUACAAUUAAUGCAUUAAAAGGAAUAGUAAAUCAAAGGGAUACUGCUUUAAAUGAAGCCAGGCAGGAACUGGAAAAUGCGUUAAAACAUAUUCAAUUCUUAACUUAUACAUUAAGACAACAAAGAUAUAGUAAUGGCAGUCUAUCUGGUAUAGGCUUAGUCAAUGAUACUGACUUAUCAGAUGAUCAAGAAUUAUCUGAAGAAGAUGAGCUUGAUGAACAACAACAACAAAGACGUCCUAUGGAUAUUAUGUCUAAACUACCUAUUCGUCAGCCCCCCAUGGUUAAUCCAAUCUUUACAUCUGAAUAUCCCCUCGUUAAUGACAAUAAUUCUAUCUUAGAUUAUUAAUAAUAACUUAUUUAAUAAAGAGUUGAUCUCUUUCUUUUUUUUAGCAUAUAAAAAAAGAAAGCUAAAAAAAAAAAUUCUUGUGUAUGUAUAAAAAAAAAAAAAAA